AUGCACUCCCUUUCCUUGUUGCUCUUGAGCUUUUGUUUGUCCUUCCCGAGUUUGGAAGCAGCUAAUUGGUGCUAUGAUGUCCAGAACACCAGCUGUGGAUCUAGCACCUGGAAGACUGAUUAUCCAGCGUGUGGAAGGCUGAAGCAGUCUCCCAUCAAUAUUGUAACCGCUGAUGCUAAAAUUGAUACAAGAUUAGCUCCCAUUGUAUUUGAGGGCUAUGAUAAACCCAAUACAACUGAAAUGUGGAUUGUCGAAAACGAUGGCCACACAUUUCGAAUGGCGUUAAAAGGAAACAUCAGAAUUAAAGGUGGAAACCUUCCAAAUACAUACAAGGCAGUUGAGUUCCACUUUCAUUGGGGAUCAGAGUCAUCUGCUGGGUCAGAGCAUAUGAUAAAUGGGCAUCAGUAUCCUAUGGAGAUGCAUAUAGUCCACCACAAUGAAAAAUACAGUUCCUUGACAAAUGCUCUAAAACAUUCUGAUGGUGUGGCUGUGCUGGGAUUUCUGUUCAGUGAAACACCUGCAGAGAAUGUUAACAUUAGGCACCUGGUCAAUUUUCUGAAAAUGAUCAAAAAUAGCGGUAGCAAUGCAUUGGUAACACCUUUCGCACUGAGUAAAAUUAUUCCAGACAAAACAAAGCUUAUAAAAUACUACCGCUAUGAAGGUUCAUUAACUAAUCCUGGGUGCAAUGAAGCAGUAAUUUGGACUGUCUUUUCAGAAUCCAUUCCUUUCAACAAAAAACAGCGCAACGAAUUUUCUACCAGUCUCCUCUUCAGUGAUUUAAAACCUAUGAAUUUAAAUUUCAGACCUGUUCAAAAACUAAAUGAUCGUGCAGUCUAUGUUUCAUCUGUUAGGCUUUUCAAUGCGGUGUGGCUCCCAAUACCAAUAUCACAGACAGUGCAGGAAAACACUGCGGAUGCUUGCAUUGUGAAACAGAAACAGCAAAUUGCUGGACAGACUCAGUUGGGCCAAGUAGUGUGCGGAGAGAGGAGCAGGGUUCCAUCUCAACUCAAUGAUUUAGCAGUCAAAUCCCAGUCCCGCGUGUCGCUGUCCUUAGUGCUGAAACUGUGCGACAGGCUCUCAACCCGCUUUCAAUGA